AUGGUGUUUGUAUGUAAUAGUAGCCCCAANGAGAGGUUACGUUAUCAUAUAAAACAGACUGAUAAAUUUCUUGAUAAAAUUGCUUUAAAGACCAAAUUUUUGUCAGGAAAUGAUGCAUUUCAUUUAUUUAUUCAAAGUGGAUUAUCAGAAGAUUUAAUUGAAAAAAUGGCCAAAGAUAAAGGGCUAACUGUGGAUGAAUCCUUCAGAGAAAAAAUAAAAAUGAAUUUGGAUAAUUCUAAAUCUGUAAAUAACGAAAAUCGGGAAAAACAAAACUACCCAUCUUCUCAUGUUAUUGAAGAAUUAGAAAAAAUGAAAAUUCCUUGUACAAAUGAUGAAUAUAAAUAUAAUUAUACUUCCUGUGAUCAUCAUUACAGAUUUGAUCCUUUAGUGAGUGAAAUUGUAGCAGUUAUAUCAGCUAAUAGCAAUUUAAUGGAUAUAGUGCAUGAAAAUGAUUAUUGCUGGUUAUUAAUGAAAGAGACUAAUUUCUAUUCAGAAUCUGGUGGACAGAUUUCAGAUAUUGGCAGCAUUGCUGGACAGGCAUUUUUAUUUAAAGUUGAAGAUGUUCAAAAAUAUCAAGGUUAUGUUUUUCAUUGGGGCUUAGUACAGAAAGGAAAUGCAUUACCUGGAAUUGAAGUACAUUUAGCAUUUGAUAAGCUUCAUAGAGUUAGAUGUAUGAGAAAUCAUACAGCCACUCAUAUAUUACAAGCUGUUCUAAAGCAAAUAUUUCCUUCAACACAUCAGACAUCAUCAUAUAUUGGCCCAUCAUAUUUUCAGUUUGGAUAUAGUGCUAAAGUGAGUAUUGUUUCAUGAGUUAAUUUUAAUAAUUUUUAUAAAUUAAAAAUUAUUUAUAGUAAUUUAAAUCUGGCUAUUUUUCAGCCAGAAAAUGCUGGUACAGCAUAGUGGCAGAUACGUAAAAAGUAUUGGUUGCCUAUACAUAGUACUGGCAGUUGCUCACUAAAAACAAUUCUAUAUAUUCAGUCACCAUAUAUGCAU